AUGUUUCCUGUUAGACUAAACCGCGACGAUAGGAAGUCGAAGACUGUCAAGGCCAAGACAAACAAAACAAACAGGAAGACAUCAACCAAGGACCCAGAAGAUCCUCCCACGGCUCGAUCAUCGACUUCCCGCCGGUCCUCCAUGCCUGGAUUAGAUAGAUCGGAGGCCGCCUCGUUCCUCGAGUCGAGAACGAGUUUACCAUAUCCGACUUUCUCCAAAGCUCACAGCAAGGAAGGUGUUCGAAAACCGAAUAUCCCCACACCGGACCCGACCGAUUUAACAAAUGACGACGGGAAAAAUACCCACCGCGAGAAUCACCAUGCUCCUCCUAGUCCACCCCUGACCGGCCUCGAUCAAGAUUCGAGGAAGGGCAGUAUCGUCAACGAAGAUGAGAAGGAAACGGACAAACCUAAGAAAACAAAUAUCAAAAUCAGAGCUCAAGUCAACAGGUCCACCUCAAGUCUUCGGUCAAAACGAGAUGAUAGCACGAAGUCCAAGUCUAGCAAGACCUCACGAACAGAGACAGAGACGCCCUCAAAAUCCAGAAUACCCAAAGAUGAGAGUGAACUUGCGCCUCGGUCAUCGAGCCACAAGCCCAAGACGACGAAGGUUUCCGAUGACAGGAAACUGCCUAAACGGUCGAGCCGCUCGACCAUGUCUGCCUCACAGUCGAACAUCACGCUUCGCGAUAUUGGCGCAGAGUCAGCUAACGGUUCGGAUGCGACAUCUAUUGCCCCCAACCAGCAACAGUCUGUGCCACGGAAACCUAUGACCCCACCUCUAAAACCCCCUUCUCGCACCCAGAAUCGAUCGGCCAUGUCCCAUCACCGCAGUGUCAGCGACGAAUCGGUCGAUUUUGUGAAACCAGCAAAUCCGCAUUCGUUUGGGGCACCCCCGCCGCCCCCACCUCCGCCCGAAAUGCCUGCCACUAUUCCGCGAGUAGAUUACUUGCUGAAAAAUGGUGGUCUGGAAAAUAAGGUCUCGAGAGCACUACUGGCUAGCCUCGGGCAGAAGGAUCCGUUAUCGCAAGGACAACCUCACUCCCGGGGUAUCGCUGGCAAAAUUUUUGAUCCAUAUAACCGUUUGUUAGACGACUACCAAAAGGUCAUGAGUAAGAAUGGAUCUCUCGCCGUCGCAACAGGAUAUCGGUCCGUCGCCCGACGUUUAUUGGAUCGCCUCGAAGCUGUGUUCGCGCGUGACAUCUCAUCCGAGCCAUGUAACUGCCAUAUAUGCGACCAAGCUGAUUCAGAUGAUCAACCAGACGGGGUGAGCUGGGGCGAGGUUUUGGAGCUUGUGUCUGGCCGCAGGGAACUUCCCAUGUGGCCUCCAUUCACGAUGGCACCAACUACCGUGGAUACAGGAGCGCCAGGCGAUGAGCAUGUUCCAAUGCAGAAGCUUGACGUUGAUGUUCCUGAAGAGUACCGCGACCACUUCAUCCGACAAUCUCGAAAGACAAAGGUCGCUGUCGACAAAUGGCUUUAUGAGCAGAAUGAUCCAGGCACCAGCGCUCCUAACGAGGUCGACGAUGAAACGUUGACCUUCGCCAUGCUUACGCACCUCGAACCCAACCAGCGCUCGUUGUUCUGCUCUUUGCUUGGGAUCAACUCUUCUACUCCUGUCCCACGAUCCGACGACGAAAAGCCCAGACCAAAACCUUCGGCGCUUAUCUCGUCAGCCUCGGCAAUCCAGCGUCUUUACCGACUACCCUCCCUCCCUCGCGACCCUGAAACUGCUAUGUACAUGUUGAAUAACCCUACACUCCACCAUGUCCUCGCCACUCUGUCUGCCAUCAGCGAUGAUGAGUGGGAAAUCCUGAUUUCCGGCCGCUUCGACGGAUUCCUCCGCAGCGGCGCGGAAGACACAGGCCCCGCCGCAACUGCCGCCGGAUCUCGCUACGGCAGUCGCUCUAACACGCCCCUAGGUGGCAGUAUAUCUCGAGGACCGACGCCCAAUUAUAUGGACAGCAGCUUCCGGCCCUCUAGCCAAGCUGGCGGACAAGUAUUCCCUGCCACAUUUGGCGGCCCGAUUGCCCUAGACGAGGAAACCGAAAUUGCCGCGUUAGCAGAAGUCGAGCGCGACAUUUUCCUUGGAAUGGAAGCCCUCGAAGACGCCUUUGAAGCCCUCCACUGUAAAGCCGAAGCCGUGCGGCGCGCACUGCGCGAACGUGGCGCGGGUCUCUCGGUAGCAAACCAAAGCCGCCGGGGCUCGUUCGUCGAAGCACGCAUGGGCACGCCCUUCUCGGGCAUCGGCACAUGGGAAAGCGGCGGCGAAGAUGAAUUCCUCGAUGACGACCGCUCUCUUGCGCCCGAUGACUCGGCGAGUAAUAUCAGUUCGAACCGACGUCGUCGGCCUAAGAGACGCACGGAGCGACGCACGCCUGCUCCUGUCGAGGAGGAGGACGAGGAAGAUGACGGUCUUGGUCGUCGCGAUACGCGAAGCUCGAGGCGGAGAUAG